AUGGCCGGCUUAUUCAACAGAAGGUCUUACCAAGGGUUCAGCAAGUAUACCCAUGAUAUAAACACUUUCCACCAACCAACUCAGCAUGCUGGGUUGCCAUUGCAACCUACGUACCAGCAACAACAGCAACAACAGCAACAACAGCAACAACAAAGAACACAAUCCAUGACUACUGCCGGUGCUGCAGCGGCAGCCGCAGCUUUGCGAUUGCAUAGCACACCUGUCAAACAACAAACUCCAGUUUCUCAAAGACAAUUUGGACGUUCCAAUUCACUAAGCAGUGCUCAUAGAUCAAACUCAUUGAGACAAUACACUUAUCAUCCAAAGCCGUCGUAUCAAACGGGUGCUGGUGCUUCAUCGAUAAGUAAUAAUGAUGCCGGAUUACCUAGAAGAUACAAUAGCUUGACUUCGCAGAGCAGAAACAGUCUUACCAGAUCAAGCCAUGCCAGUCAGAGACAAGUGCAGCAACAGCCUCGUCAUGACAACUUUCAUGAAGUGGAGGAAGAAAAUCAACAGAGGGUGCACGGCAUCAAUGAAGAUGACGAAGAAGUGGACUAUGUAAUUACAACCACCACAACCAAGAUAGUUGACUCGCAAGGUCGAACACAAUCAAUAACUACCAAAACAGUCAAAACAUUCCCUGAUGGAUCAAAUAUCAUUGAAACUGCAACAAAGAACAUUUCCAGAUCCAACUCUAGAGCAAACUCCCUCAGUUCAAAUAAUUAUAGACAAAACUCAAUAACAGCGUCGGCAUCACAUCAACCUGUUAAUUUGUCCAAAAUUGAUGAAGAUUUGCAAAACUUCGACUACGACUAUCAAGUGGACAGUCUUGAUGACGGUGGUAAUUUGAAAUUAAACACUGGUGAACCACAGCAACACAAUUUCUCACAAGGUGGGAAUAUCAUUGCUGAAGAGGCUGAGGAUGAAGAUAACGGUACGCAGCUUCAAAAUGCACACUUGGGUGCACCUUUCAGUGAGUUUUCAAGGCCAGAAAAGCCGAGACAGUAUUCAACUGAUCGCAGCUCAUCAUUAAAUAGUCAGAGCAAACCAUUGAGGUCGAUUUUGAAAGGUCAGAAUUCGUUGAGCAGUCCGCCGCAAGAACAAGCUACGUCUUCCUCGUCGCCAGUUGUAGCUGGUAAUGCUGCUAACACCGGUAUUACUGUUGCUGCAGCAGCAGUAGCAGCAAGUGCUUCCCCACGUGUUGCUAGAGAUGAAUCUCAGUCCCCCUUGAAUGUUAGUCACCAUCCUUAUAAACAUUUGACAUCAAAUACUGAGGAGCAGCAGGUCUCACAGCAUCCUAGACUGCCAGAUAAGUUGCCAGCUGCCAUAAGUCUGCAAGUUAAUACUAAUGGUGCGUCCAACAGACAAUCUAGGCAACAGAUAUCCUCGCCAAGAGACCAUCUAAAUAUUAACCGCUCUCCAGGAAGCUCUAUCAAAUUUGAUGACAAGGUAGAAACCAUCCCUAUUGAGAGAUCAAAGUAUGCUCAGCCAGCUUCACCCAGUCAACAUCAACCCAGAACCAGACAAUCUCCUACUGGACCUCCAGUUGCUUCCUCUUUGCAGCAACCAAAUGCUGACUUUUAUGCUGCUGCAAUGCAGGCUGCGUACAAGAGGGUAUACGGAGAUCGUGGCUCGGCAACUGCUUCAACCCAGGGGGCAGAAACAGCGUCACCUACAAGUCCUGAAUUUCGACCUUCAAGUCCGCCUCAACAAUCGCCCCCACAAGUUGAACAACAAGCUCCGACUCAUAAAUCGAAGUUUGGGUUUAUUCCAUUGACUCCGAGAAAAGAUGUAUCCUCAACAUCUCCAAAGUUUCAACAACCGGUGCAGCCUGGUGGUAACCUAGAGCGUACAUCUUCCAUCAACUCAUUGAUUAAGAAAAAGAUUCAGCGCGAUCAGAUUGCCCAAGAUGCCAAAAACAAGGGAUCUGUGCCUGUGAAUUACGAAUAUGUCAAUCAUCACAAGCAAUUCCCCAUGCAUUCCAUGCGGGAGAAUCCUCGGAAGCAAAAAGAGGAGCAAAAAUUGGCCAGAGAACAUGACAAGGAACAGAAGCAGGCAGCAAAAGAGCAGGCUAAAUUGGACAAGGUUAGAGCUAAAGAGCAAGCUGAAGAGGAAAAGAAAUUGGCUAAGGAGCAAGCUGAGCAGGAGAAAGUGUUAGCUAAGCAACAAGCAGAUCAAGAGAAGAUUGCGGCGAAGGAGGCAAAGAAGCGUGACAAGAAACCAUUGUUUGGGUUUUUGAAUAAAAAGAAUAGAAGGCACAGUCAAACGGGUUCGGUUUAUUCAGGAACCAGUUCUAAUGUUGGUACAUCUUUGCGACAGCAACCACAACCACAAUCUCAACCACAACCUCAGCAGCAUAGCACGUCGGGUAUUGGUGCGCCUGUAGCUGGUGGAGCCGCUAUUGCUGCCACUAGUGCAGGCGUUGCAACUUCCAAUAAUGAGAGUAAUGUUAAUGGCAUCCCUCAUGAUGUUGCAACAGAAUCAUACACUGAUGGUGCUCCUCAAGUAGGUGCCAGCUCGCUUGAAUCUCCUCAGUCCACUGUUCCUGUUACUCCUGUUCAAAGAGAUACUGUGAAUGACGACGAUGUUGCUGGUGUUCCAGUCGCCUCUGUCCCGUAUGGUAAGCAUGGUACUGUUCCGACCGAUUUCCCAGCUAGGAAGAAAGAUGAAGUUGACGGGGCUGCAAGCGUACCACGCUCUGGUGAAGAUCAUAUAGUACAAGUCAGUUCACCAGUGACUGUUCAACGGCUCGGCCCAAAUAUUGAAGCCCAAGCUGAUGAAGUUCAGGAAGAAAUUAGUCGCAACAAGAGUGGUCGACGUGGCGUUAAUGGGGAGGGUAUUGUUGGUUCGGGUCCAACUUCGGAAAAGGAGACUGCUUCCCCUGUUCAGAUUAGCUCGCCGAUCAAAGUGGAGCGCCUAGGUCCUAAUAUAGAAGCUCAGGCAGAUGAACUUACUAAUGAAUUGGAGCAAGAGCACGUUGGUUCAACCCUUGAUCCACGCGUUGAUAAGCAAACCCACACCGGAGAUGAUGAUCACAUCUACACAAAGGAAGAUGCCGCUUCUGCUCCUAUAGUGGUUCCUUCCAGAGAGGAUAAAUCUGAGAGUACAGUUGCAAAAAACACUCAUCCUUUGAAUGCUAAUGAUGAGCACUCGUACAAAAUACCUGUUCCAAGAAAGUAUUCCAAUCAGGAUGAUCAUGCUGAAGAGAAGAAUGAGUCGGGGUUUGUGUCUACUCCUCGUGGUAUUGCUGGUAAUACACAUGUACUGAGUAGCAACUACUAUCCACUGCCAAAUCUAAGCACAAAGCAAAGAAAUUCAGUAUAUGAUCAUUCUGAAGUUGGAGAGGCACAGACAUUUUCGAAAGUCCCUGUACCUGAGUUGAAUGAUAUUGAUGACGACGAGGAUGAAGACGCUAAUCGCGGUAUUGGAAAUGUAAGAGAGGUGGAGAACCCCAGGGAAGAAGUUUCUUUGCAUGGGGAUCCUUCUUUGAGCAGCUAUGAAAAAGUUCAGGCUCCUUCAAGUGAUGACGAUAAGUACCAAGUUGUGAGCAAAGAUGAGGUUGUUGGCGAAUCUGCCGCACCGGAACAUGUUGACCCAGGCGAAAUAAAGUCAGUGACUGAAUCGGAACCCGUGGUUGUUGACACGUUGGCCGAGCCAGCGGGCCCAAACGUUGACCGUGAUGCAGGCUACAGGACUCCUCAAGUUGACGCUGAACCAGCUUUUGUUGGGGAAGGCUCAAGAAAUCAUAGUGAGGUUGGUGCUCUGGCGUUUGUCAUGAGUGAAAAAUUGACUCAUCCUCAUGAGCACCACAACUUGGUGGGUGAUGACUUUGCUGGCUCUCAGUUUGUGAAAAGAGCCACUUCUCAGCUGGAUUCACCAUCUAGGAGAGGGUUAAAGAGCCUGCCAAGGUCUCGGGUGGUAAGUGAUGAAGCAGCGCCACAAAGAGUGAUUGAGCCUGGGAAGAAGCCAGUAUCUGAAGGCUUGGUGGAUAACCAAAGUCGUUAUCAGCAUCUGGAGGUAGAGCCAUUGCAACAGGCAGCAGCAAAUGGUUACUCUUCCUCAGCUGAACCUAGUGGUGACACGUUGCCCACUCCUCCUUCCCAGCACGGCGCUGAGGAGCAACAGUAUAAUCCAGAUGAUCUUGAAGGUGUUGUAGUUGAAGAAAAAACCAAGGGCAAGAAAGGCAAAAAGGAGAAAAAGGAAAAGAAGGAAAAGAAACCUGGCAGAUUCAAGGAGAGGAUGUUGAAGUACUUUGUGAGCGGGUAUGAACAAUGA